AUCCUCUCCUCAUCACAUCUGUCCUCUUUCCAUCCAAUUCAUCUCCAAACACAUUUACACAAUGGCUCCCAAGGUCGGUAUCAACGGCUUCGGUCGUAUCGGACGUAUCGUCUUCCGUAACGCCAUCAACCACGGCGAGGUUGACGUCGUUGCUGUCAACGACCCCUUCAUCGAGACCCACUAUGCUGCCUACAUGCUCAAGUACGACAGCACCCACGGCCAGUUCAAGGGCACCAUCGAGACCUACGAGGAGGGUCUGAUCGUCAACGGCAAGAAGAUCCGCUUCUUCGCUGAGCGUGACCCCGCUGCCAUCCCCUGGGGUACCACCGGCGCUGACUACAUCGUCGAGUCCACUGGUGUUUUCACCACCCAGGAGAAGGCCGCCGCUCACUUGAAGGGUGGUGCCAAGAAGGUCGUCAUCUCUGCUCCUUCCGCUGAUGCCCCCAUGUUCGUCAUGGGUGUCAACAACACCUCCUACACCAAGGACAUCAACGUCCUCUCCAACGCCUCUUGCACCACCAACUGCCUUGCUCCCCUCGCCAAGGUCAUCAACGACAAGUUCGGCAUCGUUGAGGGUCUCAUGACCACUGUCCACUCCUACACCGCUACCCAGAAGGUCGUCGAUGCCCCCUCCAGCAAGGACUGGCGUGGUGGCCGUACUGCGGCCCAGAACAUCAUCCCCUCCUCCACCGGUGCUGCCAAGGCUGUCGGCAAGGUCAUCCCCACCCUUAACGGCAAGCUCACUGGUAUGGCCAUGCGUGUGCCCACCUCCAACGUCUCCGUUGUCGACUUGACCUGCCGCCUCGAGAAGGCCACCAGCUACGACGAGAUCAAGAAGGCCCUCAAGGAUGCUUCCGAGAACGAGCUCAAGGGCAUCCUCGGCUACACUGAGGACGACAUCGUCUCCUCCGACCUGAACGGUGACGACCACUCCUCCAUCUUCGAUGCCAAGGCCGGUAUCGCCCUUAACUCCAACUUCGUCAAGCUCGUCUCCUGGUACGACAACGAGUGGGGUUACUCCCGCCGUGUUGUCGACCUCAUUGCCUACAUCUCCAAGGUUGACUCCCAGUAGGAAUCAGGACGGCAAGCUGAAUUCAGAAGUGUGCUGUGAGUGAGACUGAUUGCCGAGCGCAGACGACUCUCGCGGAACCGUGUGUAUGGGGAAGCUUGAGAAGGUCUUACCUCCUAGCGUAAAAGCUCAUGAUG